UCUCCUCCGACUUUCUUCAGAAAACGAAACAGAGACUGAAAGAGACCUGAGUGAUUCGCUUCCACAAUGAAAGCGCAGCAUUUUUUCAUUUUAUUUCUGGUGUCUAAUAUAACAUUUGCAUCAUGUUAUCUGGGUCUGCUCAACAUGUUUUCUAAACAGGAUGGUUUGCUGACUUUUGACCCUAAAUGUUUGAAGGCAGAUUUAAAUAAAUCUCUCUUUGGCCAGCACAUCGUGUCGGAUGUUGUAUUAAAAGCUGUAUCGUCAUUUAUGACUGACAGAAACCCAAACAAACCGCUGGUUCUGUCUUUCCAUGGGACUACAGGAGUUGGAAAAAAUCAUGUUGCUAAAAUCAUCGCAAGAAAUGUGUACGAAAAAGGGGAAAACAGCAAACAUGUUCACACAUUUAUAUCUCAGCAUCAUUUCCCACACAAAGUAAAGUCAGACCUCUACAGCACACAGCUAAAGCAGUGGAUUCAUGGAAAUGUAUCAAGUUUCCCCCACUCCAUGUUCAUAUUUGAUGAUAUGGACAAGUUGAAUCCUCAGCUGAUUGACACCUUAAAACCUUUUCUGGACUACAAUGCCCAUGUAGAUGGAGUAUCAUUUCACAAUGCAAUCUUCAUUUUUCUCAGUAAUGCAGGUGGGAGUUUGAUUGUCGACAUGGCUCUGAAUUUCUGGAGAGAAGGCAAAAAACGGGAAGAGAUAAGGAUGAAAAGCAAUGAACUGGAGAAAAAAAUCUCUCUAAACAUCUUCAAUGAGGAGGGUGGAUUUCAGCACUCCAGUCUCAUAGAUCAUCAUCUGGUUGAUCACUAUAUUCCUUUCUUACCUCUGGAGCAGAAACAUGUGCGCAAGUGUAUCCUGGCUGAGAUUGCCCAUCUAAAAAUACAACGAUUUCAUGAUCUGGUAUAUGGAGUGGUGAGAGAAAUGCCCUUCUUCCCCAAAAAAGAAAGAAUCUUUGCUGUUAAAGGCUGCAAGUCAGUCAGACAGAAACUGGUCAUCUAUACUGAUGAAUAGAUGGAAGCAGCACUUUUUUCACAAUCAUCAGCUGUGUAGAGACAAAA